ACGGCAUCAUUGUUGAUGUUUGUGUAUUUGUGGCAACUACGGUGGAAAAAAAUCUUCGGUGUCGGGGAUUGGAGCCCCGCCUUUGUUAAAUUGAAUUUCUCUUGAGCUUCCGGAGGCAUGAUAAACAAGGCAGUAUGACGGAGAAGAUAACGUUAGCCGAUGCGCUGUCCAAUGUGGAGGUGCUGGACGAGCUUUCCCUGCCCGAUGAGCAGCCCUGCAUCGAGGCCCAGCCCUGUUCCAUUAUCUACAAGGCGAACUUCGACACAAAUUUCGAGGAUCGAAAUGGAUUCGUUACUGGAAUUGCCAAGUAUAUCGAAGAGGCGACAACGCACGCCAACUUGAAUGUUUUGCUGGAAGAGGGGCAGAAACAUGCCGUCAUGUUGUAUACCUGGCGCUGCUGCUCACGCGCCAUUCCUCAGCCGAAGUCCAACGAGCAGCCGAACCGGGUGGAGAUCUACGAGAAGACUGUUGAGGUUCUGGCUCCCGAGGUAAACAAACUCCUAAACUUCAUGUACUUUCAACGCAAGGCGAUUGAGGCCUUUUCGGGCGAGGUGAAGCGCCUGUGCCAUGCAGAGAAGCGAAAGGAUUUUGUCUCGGAGGCAUAUCUGCUAACACUGGGCAAGUUCAUCAAUAUGUUCGCCGUUCUAGACGAGCUAAAGAACAUGAAGUCAAGCGUGAAGAACGAUUACUCGACGUACCGGCGCGCAGCUCAGUUUCUAAAGGUGAUGUCGGAUUCUCACACCCUGCAGGAGUCACAGAACCUUUCCAUGUUUCUGGCUACUCAGAACAAGAUUCGCGACACGGUUAAGGACACUCUUGAGAAAAUUGUUGGCUACGAGGAUCUUCUGUCCGACGUCGUCAACAUCUGUGUCCAUAUGUUUGAAACAAAAAUGUACUUGACCCCGGAGGAAAAGCAUAUGCUGGUGAAGGUAAUGGGAUUUGGCCUUUUUCUUAUGGACAGCGAUGCCUGCAACAUCAACAAAUUGGAUCAAAAGAAGAAGAUUCGCCUGGAGCGCAUAGAUAGAAUUUUCAAGCACCUCGAAGUGGUGCCGUUGUUUGGUGACAUGCAGAUCGCUCCUUUCAAUUACAUCAAACGCAGCAAGCACUUUGACUCCAGCAAGUGGCCGCUGUCCAGCUCCAACGCCAUCAGCCCACAGGCAGAUUUAAUGGUACACUUGCCGAAGAUUCGCGAAGACCAUGUGAUGUACAUAUCAGAGCUGGCUCGGUACACCAAUGAGGUCACCACGACGGUGAAAGAAAACCCUUCAGAUAAGGAGAACCGAAACACAUCUGAUUUAGCACUGCGAGGUCUGCAGUUGUUGUCGGAAUGGACAAGUGUGGUGACUGAACUGUACUCUUGGAAGCUUCUGCACCCCACAGACCAUCACCAGAACAAGGAGUGCCCAGUAGAAGCCGAGGAAUAUGAACGUGCUACGCGGUAUAACUACAGCUCAGAGGAAAAGUUCGCCCUUAUUGAAGUUAUUGCUAUGAUAAAGGGCCUGCAAGUGCUGAUGGCUCGUAUCGAAACCGUCUUGUGCGAAGCCAUUCGAAGGAACAUUUAUUCUGAGCUUCAGGACUUUGUACAGCUGACGUUACGCGAACCUCUUCGCAAGGCAGUCAAGAACAAGAAGGACUUAAUUCGGAGUAUCAUAAUGUCAGUGCGGGAAACGUCGGCCGAUUGGCAAAAGGGAUACGAACCCACUGAUGACCCAGUGUCUAAGGGUAAAAAGGAUCCCGAUGGGGGUUUUCGUAUUACGGUGCCGCGCUUAAACGUCGGACCUUCCUCCACGCAACUUUAUAUGGUCCGCACAAUGUUGGAGUCUCUUACUGCGGAUAAGAGUGGCGGAAAGCGAACUUUGCGCAAGGACAUUGAUGGAAAUUGCCUCGGGCAAAUAGACACGUUCCACAAGAAUUCCUUCUACUGGAGUUACUUGCUCAACUUUAGUGACACAUUGCAGAAGUGCUGCGACCUCUCGCAGCUGUGGUAUCGAGAGUUCUACUUGGAGAUGACAAUGGGCCGCAAGGUCAACAAGUGCAUGGUCCGCCAUCAGCAUAAUGAGGAGUGCAAGGAUCUGAUCACCAUGGAGAAACGCAUUCAGUUCCCCAUUGAAAUGUCUAUGCCCUGGAUCCUUACCGAUCACAUUUUGCAAACGAAGGAACCUUCUAUGAUGGAGUUUGUCUUGUACCCGUUAGAUCUGUACAACGACUCAGCUCACUAUGCUCUCACCGUCUUCCGCAAACAGUUCCUCUAUGACGAGGUGGAGGCCGAGGUGAACCUGUGCUUUGAUCAGUUUGUCUACAAGCUGAGCGAGCAGAUCUUCGCCCACUAUAAGCAGUUGGCGGGUAGCAUUUUCCUGGACAAGCGAUUCCGUCUAGAGUGUGAAGUUCUCGGAUUCAACUUUCAAUCGUAUCCGCGCAACAAUCGCUAUGAAACCCUCUUAAAACAACGACAUGUGCAGUUAUUGGGCCGCUCCAUUGACCUGAACAAGUUGAUCACCCAAAGGAUCAACGCCAAUAUGCACAAAAGCAUUGAGUUGGCCAUCAGCCGCUUCGAAGGCAAUGACAUAACCGGCAUUGUGGAGCUUGAAGGCCUUUUGGAGGCAAAUCGCAUUUGUCACAAGUUGCUAAGUAAAUAUUUAGCUCUUGACAACUUUGACGGGAUGGUUAAGGAGGCCAAUCACAAUGUCCUGGCACCUUAUGGAAGGAUUACCCUGCACGUCUUUGUGGAAUUAAAUUAUGAUUUCCUGGUCAAUUAUUGCUACAAUGCAGCCACAAAUCGAUUCAUUCGCACCAAGGUCAACCUCUCCUCCUCGCAGGCCAUUCAACGGGAGAAACCUCCACAAAUGUCACAUUAUUAUCUUUGGGGCUCGAAACAGUUAAAUGCUGCCUACUCCACCCAGUAUGGCCAAUACACCGGCUUCGUUGGAGCGCCACACUUCCAUGCAAUGUGCCGCCUCCUCGGCUAUCAGGGCAUUGCCGUCGUUAUGGAUAUUAUACUGAAGGAUAUUGUUAAGCCAUUGAUUCAGGGCUCAUUGCUGCAGUUCACCAAGACGUUGAUGAUCGCUAUGCCAAAAUCUUGCAAGCUUCCCCGUUGCGAAUACGGCUCGCCAGGAGUACUAAGCUACUACCAGGCCCAUUUAACGGACAUAGUGCAAUACCCAGACGCCAAAACGGAGCUGUUUCAAUCGUUUAGGGAGUUCGGCAACAGCAUCAUUUUCUGUCUGUUGAUUGAGCAAGCCUUAUCCCAGGAGGAAGUGUGCGAUCUUUUGCAUGCGGCCCUCUUCCAGAACAUCUUCCCUAGACCGUUUUGCAAAGAGAACGAAAAGCCUGAAGCCAAGCAAAAGCGACUGGAAGCACAAUUUGCUAACCUACAGAUCGUCUCGAAUGUAGAAAAGAUCGGCACUGCGAAGCAAGCAAUGAUUGCUCGUGAGGGUGAUUUGCUGACACGUGAACGACUCUGCUGUGGGCUGAGCAUCUUCGAAGUGAUCCUUAACCGCGUGAAAAGCUACCUAGACGAUCCAGUCUGGAGCGGACCCCCGCCAGCAAAUGGGAUAAUCCAUGUGGAUGAGUGCUCCGAGUUCCACCGACUCUGGUCCGCGCUGCAGUUUGUCUACUGCAUUCCUGUUCGUGGGACAGAGUAUACCAUUGAGGAGCUAUUCGGCGAAGGUCUUAAUUGGGCCGGGUGCGUUAUGAUUGUGUUGUUGGGUCAACAACGACGUUUUGAGGCUCUUGAUUUUUGCUACCACAUUCUGAGGGUACAGCGCGUCGAUGGAAAAGAUGAGGAUGUCAAGGGAAUCCAACUGAAGCGGAUGGUGGAUCGAAUUCGGAGGUUCCAAGUAUUAAACUCACAAAUCUUUUCCAUUCUGAAUAAGUAUCUUAAGGGCGGAGAUGGCGAGGGCUCAAAUGUGGAGCACGUGCGGUGUUUCCCUCCACCACAGCAUCCCUCGGUCAUAUCGUCAUCGUCGCACUACCAGGAUCCCCAGAAGUUGCGUCAGAGCAUGAACAAUUGAAUGGCGGGAAACGCAUUUAAGCCAAUCGCAUAUAACUAGGUUACCCUUAAUCGCAGUUACAAUUAAGUCCCCAGGGCGAGAAGCGGGCGUGAAAAAAAUGUAGAAAUGGAUAAAAGCCACAGCAUCGGCUAUGUCCUGCCCACUUCAUGACAAGUUCUUCGAGAAUGAGGGGUAAAAUUGGUUUUUAUUGAAUUCGAUUUUAUUGCUAUCCUGUUUUGGCAAGUAACAUUCAUUCGAUCAGAACGUAAAAUGUAUUAUCCAAGCAAUUAUAUAUAGAUGUAUUGGUUUUCCAAACUAUGGAAUUCGAUUAAGCUACUCUUAUAAAUCCCAAAUACUCUACCGUAAGCUCCCUAAGAUAUUAGGUUUGGCCUCUUGUACCCCUCACUACAACUUUUAGAAAUAUUCUUGUUUUGCUCCCCGAUUUGAGAAUCAAAUUAGCCAAAGAAUUGAUCGACAGCACGGCAAAAUAAAACGAAUUGGCUUUAAAUACAAUCAAAGUAUUAAAAAAAUAGAUGCAGAACAAUGUAUGCUUACAUAUACGGACGAGGAUGGAAGACAGCAGACAGGCCAGCAUUGAGACACAUACACUUAAUACAAUGAACAUUAUCGAAUAAAAUUUUCAUACGUAUUUCUAACAAACCCAA